AUGGAGGUCCUUCACGUCUUUGUCCUCGUCUUUGCUGGCUUUAUGGGGUCCUUCGCCCAGGAAGAUCUCCAGAACCAGGUGUUCGUGUUCCCCGUUGAAUCGGACUCGGCUGCCGUGGUCCUGAAGGCCACAAUCCCGCACCCGCUGACCAGCUUCACCGUCUGCCUGUGGCAGUACACCCUCCUGACCCGGGAAAUCACCUUGUUUUCUUACGCGACGCCGACCACCGACAACGACAUCAUCCUCUUCAAGCCCAAGCCAAACCAAUACACGGUUUACGUCGGCAACGCAUUAACUACGUUCAGCCUUCCCGAGCACCAGGAGGGCAAACCCGCUUGGGAGCACCUCUGCACCAGCUGGGAGUCGUCCACGGGGUUGGUGUCCCUGUGGGUGAAUGGGAAGCUGCUGCCCAGAGCGGGUCUCCAAAAGGGUUACUCGAUAAGCAACGAAGCGUCCAUUGUCCUGGGGCAAGAUCAGGAUUCUAUUCUGGGCGGUUAUGCAGCCAGUGAAUCAUUUGUCGGGGAGAUGAGGGAAGUGUCUAUGUGGGAUAGGGUCCUCACGCCAGCAGAAGUGUGCCUAGCCUUCAGCGGCUGCAAUCUUUCUGACUAUUUGAUUAACUGGAGAGCGUUAAGUUACGAAAUCCAGGGAUAUGUCGUUGUCCAGCCUUACUUUACUUCUUGCCCGCGCUGAGGAAUGCUGUGAUAAUUCCAUAUGUGCAUCUUCUGCACCAA